UGCCGAUAUAUAUGUGAGUUUGUUUGUGGUGCAAAUAAUGCCUUGACAUGUUAGAUGUUAGAUAAAAUACAGUCACACAGACCAAGUAUUGUAGCUCUCACCCCACAUGCGCAACAAAGUUUAAUAUGAAGUAGUUGUAUAUGUAUUGAUUUGUUCACUACGUCAUAUGCACACCAAGUUAGUGAGGGUAUGUAUCUGGUUUAUAGGGUCUUGUCCAAAAGUCGAAAUGUGUUCCAAAAGACUCUCAUAACACAAAGGAAGAAAAAUUUCCUGGUUUAUGUAUUUCUGAUGAUAAGCACCGUGCAGAGGAUUUGUUAAUUGAGGAAUGUUUUCCAGAAAGACCAACUAAAGUGAGUGGAGAUCAUGAUCAACGAAAAGAAGGAAGCAGUACAGAAAGAAAAGACAGUCACCUUCAAUCUGACUCUGAGACCCUGAAGUACAGAAAGGGAAACAGAAGUAAAAGACAGUUAAGAAGUGGACGAUCUCGAUCUAAAUCACAAUCUCCAGAAAAAUCACCCUUAAAGAAACGGCGGCACUGGGAAGAGAAGCCUUCCACUCCUUCAGUUUCUGAGAUAUACAAUGGAAGAGUCACAAGCAUAAUGCAGUUUGGAUGCUUUGUUCAACUGGAGGAAGUUCGAGGAAGGUUUGAGGGCUUAGUACACAUAUCACAGUUACGUAGAGAUGGACGUAUUAAAGAUGUCAGUGAUGUGGUCAAAAGAGGUGAUAAAGUGAUGGUGAAAGUGCUCUCUAUUACAGGCACAAAAUUAAGUCUUUCUAUGAAGGAUGUGGACCAGUUUACAGGUCGGGAUCUGAAUGCUUCUGUUAACACACAUGCUUUGUCAUGGAAUAUGGAUAAAAAGAAGAGGGGCUCUUAGGAAUCAGAUCGUCCUGUAGAGGGCUCGUUCAGUGGUUAGAGAAUAGAACAAGAUGGCUGCCAGGGGUAUGACCAGGAUGACAUCACCAGAAAGAGUUGGGAGAUUAUAAAGCAACUUAUUGCAGCAGGAGUGCUGGAGAAAUCAGAUUAUCCAGGAUAACACAAAGAAAGUGUAUAUUAGCUGAGAAGAGAUCCUGGCUCUGAUGAAGAUGUUGAAAUAGAGAUAGUAGAAGAUGACCACCAUUUCUACGUGUGCCAAACAAAACUUUCACUACAUCUUUCACCCAUCAGAUUAUUAAGAAUCCUGAUGGGUCAAUGCAGAGGGCAGCUAUUACGCAAAGUGCAUUGGCGAAGGAACGUAGAGAACUGAGAGCUGCUCAGAGAGAGGCUGACAUGGACAAUGUUCCACGUGACAUAGGCAAAACGUGGAUUGACCCUGUACCAGGUGGUUCGGGAACUGGAGAACGAUACUUAGCUAAUGACUUCAAGCAGUUGGCUGCUCCUCCUGAAAUGCCUGAGUGGAAGAGAGUUUCUUUUGGUGGUGUUAGAGCUGCAUAUGGCAAAAAGACAAACCUUUCUAUCCUGGAACAGAGGCAGUGUCUUCCAAUAUACAAGCUACAUGAAAACUUAGUGCAGGCUGUAAAGGAUAAUCAGAUUUUAAUUGUGAUUGGAGAAACUGGGAGUGGAAAAACUACACAAAUAACACAAUACCUUGCUGAAGAAGGCUUAUGUGUUCGUGGCAUGCUAGGCUGCACACAACCACGUCGUGUAGCAGCCAUGUCUGUUGCAAAAAGAGUGUCUGAGGAGUUUGGUUGCCGUCUUGGCCAAGAAGUCGGCUACACAAUCAGAUUUGAAGAUGUUACAUCACAAGAGACAGUGAUAAAAUAUAUGACGGAUGGGAUGCUUCUAAGAGAAUGUCUUAUUGACCCUGAUCUGAAACAGUAUGCUGUGAUUAUGUUAGAUGAGGCACAUGAGCGUACGAUACACACCGAUGUUCUUUUUGGGCUAAUGAAGAAUGCUGUGAAGAAGAGGCCUGAUUUAAAGUUGAUUGUUACAUCUGCCACACUUGAUGCUGUGAAAUUCUCAUCCUACUUCUUCGAGGCUCCAAUUUUUACAAUUCCUGGUCGAACGCAUCCAGUGGAUGUUCUUUACACAAAAGAAUCAGAAUCUGAUUAUUUGGAUGCUGCUCUUAUUGCUGUGAUGCAAAUACAUCUGACAGAACCUCCUGGUGACAUCCUUGUUUUUCUCACAGGACAAGAAGAGAUUGACACUGCAUGUGAGAUCCUGUAUGAGAGGAUGAAGUCUCUUGGUCCUGAAGUACCACAACUUAUAAUACUACCCGUGUACUCCGCACUUCCAAGUGAAAUGCAAACAAGAAUUUUUGAUCCUGCACCACCUGGCACUAGAAAGGUUGUAGUUGCCACCAAUAUUGCUGAGACAUCUCUUACAAUUGACGGUAUCUAUUAUGUUGUUGAUCCUGGGUUUGUUAAGCAGAAAGUUUACAACUCCAAAAGUGGACUUGAUGCACUUGUGGUGACUCCUAUCUCUCAGGCACAAGCAAAACAGAGGGCUGGCCGUGCUGGUAGAACAGGACCUGGAAAAUGUUACAGACUUUACACAGAGAGAGCAUACAGAGAUGAAAUGUUGCCAACAGCUGUGCCGGAGAUCCAGAGGACAAAUUUAGCAUUUGUUGUUCUCUCGCUAAAAGCUAUGGGAAUAAAUGACCUUCUUUCAUUUGACUUUAUGGAUCCUCCCCCCAUGGAGACACUUAUAAUGGCUAUGGAACAGCUCCACUCUCUGUCAGCAUUAGAUGAUGAAGGUCUUCUCACAAGACUGGGGCGUAGGAUGGCUGAAUUUCCACUGGAACCUCAACUAAGCAAGAUGUUAAUUCAAAGUGUACAUCUUGGUUGUUCUGAGGAGAUUCUCACUAUUGUGUCUGUGCUGUCUGUGCAAAACAUCUUUUAUCGACCAAAAGAUAAACAAGCCGUAGCAGAUCAAAGAAAAGCCAAGUUUCAUCAGCCAGAAGGAGACCAUCUUACUUUACUUGCUGUCUACAAUGCCUGGAAAAAUAACAAGUUUUCUAAUCCAUGGUGCUAUGAGAACUUCGUGCAAGCAAGGAGCUUGAAAAGAGCCCAAGAUGUAAGAAAGCAAAUGUUGGGAAUAAUGGACAGGCACAAACUGGAUGUGGUGUCAUGUGGAAAAACUGUGUCUAAAGUGCAAAAGGCUAUCUGUUCAGGUUUUUUCAGAAAUGCUGCAAGAAAGGAUCCACAAGAAGGAUACAAGACCAUUGUGGACAAUACAACAGUCUACAUCCAUCCCUCUAGUGCACUUUUUAACAGGCAACCAGACUGGUAUGGUUUACCAUUACGCAUUGCCUUUUGUGUUGAAGGAACAAGCUGUUCCGUAGGCAGGGGCAAUUGUAUUACCAAAUUAGAAGUCCGCAAGAGUUUCUGCAUCUUAAUGUGAGGAAAACAGUACGCCUUUGGUGGUUAUAAUAAGUAUUUCUCGCAUUGCACAUGCUUAGACAUGUUUAUAUUAUGGUUACUAGGGUAAAUUCAAUGCCUUUGUAGUUUGGAAAAAUGAGGGUGAAUUAGAGAGGUACACUCUUGCUACAAGAUCAAAGAAAGCGCAGUAAGACUGUCUGAGGUUGCACUGUGUGUGUAGGUAGACACCCUCUAGCACUUUGCAGAUCUAACCAAAAGCAAAGAGGACAUGGUAUAACCAAGGCAUUUCUCGAAGUAGCUUGGACACCUUCAGUUUGCAUUAACUACACUUACUAGGAUUUGAUGCAGUGCUCUUUAACCAGGCACUUCUUCUGCGCAGGUGUUUUUCACCUCUGGCGCCAUUUAGCCUUGGCCAAACUGCCAAGCAACCGUAGUGAAUUUUAAACUGACUUUGCCCUUCUGGCAUCGUCAGCCAGAUAUCACAUAGGGAAACCCAAGGAGUGUGGUUUCUAGCUAGGUAGUAUAUGUAAUAGCC